AUCUAUCUCUCUCUCUCUCUCUCUCUCUCUCUCCCUCUCUCCCACACACACACACAAGCUAUAAUAUAUAUAGAGUCCAUCUUUUCCAACAAGAGUUCUGCCCUUAACACCUCUUUUUCUCUGUUCAUUCUCUUCGCCAUGGCUUCAAGUACAACCGAAAUAGUCCAUGAUUUCUCUCCCCUCAUGCGAGUCUACAAAGAUGGUCGAGUCGAGAGACUUACUGGCAACGACGUCGUCCCGGCAUCAGUGGAUCCUAUCACCGGAGUUCAAUCGAAAGACAUCAAAAUCGCAUCGGAAAUCGGUAUCGGAGCAAGACUUUACCUGACCAAAACCGCCGAUCCACAUCACAAACUUCCUCUCCUUGUUUACUUUCACGGCGGUGGCUUUAUCAUCGAAAGCGCCUUUUCUCCACUCUACCAUAACUAUCUUAAUUCACUUGCCGCAGAAGCAAACAUCGUGGUGGUGUCUGUGAAUUACAGGCUAGCACCGGAGCACCAUCUCCCGGCAGCGUACGACGAUUCUUGGGUUGCCGUCAAGUGGGUUGCUUCCCAUUCAGGAGGAGAUGGUCAGGAACCAUGGCUAAAGGAUCAUGUUGAUUUUCAACGUGUGUUUUUUAGUGGAGAUAGUGCUGGUGGAAACAUAGCACACAACAUGGGUAUGCGAGUCGGGUCGGAGAAAUUAGAUGGUAUCAGUCUUGUCGGAUUGGUGUUAGCCCAUGCAUUCUUUUGGGGUGAAAAGCCAAUAGGCAAUGAAACCAAUUCUCCCAAGAAAUCUUACGUCGAAAACUUGUGGCGCUUUGUGAAUCCGUCGACUGUUGGGUCUGAUGACCCGUUGUUUAACCCGGCUGCCAAUCCCAAACUUUCUAGCUUGGGUUGCAACCGGGUUCUGGUUUGUGUUGCUGAGAAAGAUUUAUUGAAGGACAGGGGUUGGUAUUACAAGGAGGUAUUGGUUAAAAGUGGGUGGAAAGGAAAGGUUGAGGUUAUGGAAGCCAAAGGGGAAGAGCAUGUUUUUCAUUUGUUUAAUCCCACUUGUGAAAAUGCUGUAGCUAAGCUGAAAAAAUUGGCUUCUUUUUUUAAUCAGGACAAAGCCUAG